AUGCCUAUGUAUGCUGAUGAGUGUACUGCCAAACAAUUGAAAGUAUCAUAUGCUAGGAUGCUAAUAGAGGUGGAUGUAACAAAACCUCUGAAGGAUGAAAUAACUGUUGAAGAACCAAAUAGGAGGACCUUCUUGCAGCCAAUUAACUAUGAUUGGAAACCAAAAUUCUGUGAAACAUGCCAAGUCAUUGGGCAUAACUGCAAGCAAGAAGGGAGAGGACAGAAUCAAUAUGGUGCAACUAUGAAUGAGAAGAGAAAGCCAAAGAAGAUAACGCAACAAUGGGUGACUAAAGAGAAAGCAAAGACAAAACAAGCAGAAGAAGAACCUAUGCCAGAACAGGAACUAAUCAUGCAACAACAGGAGACCAUAAGGGUAAUGGAAGCUGGACAAGGUUCAGGUGUGAUAAAGAUACAUAUGCCAGUAUUGCAUGAAGAUCAAACACCAAAGUUUAUCAGUAAAAAUCAAGAGGUGGAGAGGACAAGUCCAGAGUUUAAUGAUAUUAAUUUUUCAGUGCUUGGGUCAGUUCCAUUGAGGAAUGGGUUUCAAUUACUGAGUAGAGAGGGAAAUGGUGCUCACACUAUAUCUCAUGAUAUAGGAGGAAGUGCAUAUCAGAUUGACUGCUUGGUGACUAUCAUAUAUGGUUUCAAUACAAUUGAACAAAGGAAAGGGUUAUGGAAAGAUCUGAAGACAUUAGCUCAAGGUAUUACAAGACCUUGGCUAGUGAUAGGUGAUUUUAAAGCAAUGUUCUAUUCAGCAGACAGAGAUAAAGGCAAUCCAGUACAGCAAGCUGAUAUUCAAGAUUUUGGUAAUAUAGUAGUGGAAUAUGAAUUGCCAGGGAUAUCAGAUCAUGCACCAAUGUUGCUGACCAUGGGAGAUGAGCAAAAUAACACUAAGUGUCCAUUUAGGUUCUUCAAUGUUUGGGCAGAGCACAAAGAAUUUGAUCAAAUAGUAGAAGAAACUUGUAAACAAGUUAAAGACCCUUCGCUCAUGAGGGGAAUAUGGAGAAAACUGAAAACAUUAAGAACCAGACUGAAGAUAUUGAACAAUAGGGAAUUCAGAAAUGCUGAACAGAAAAUGAAAGAAGCAAAGAAUGAAAUCAGAAGAGUGCAGAGCGAGAUGCAAUAG